AUGGACAACCAACAAAAGGACGUCGACCAGUCCCAGUACAUUGACAAUGCUAUUCGCGCCGUGCGUGAGAAGAAGCCGCUCCCUGAGAUCGACUUCCCCCUGCAUACUAUGGAAGAUGAAAACCAAGUGAGCACACAGGAGCGUCUAACCGUGCCGUGUUCCCCAGACGUACAAGCACCCGCCUUCCACCCACCCACCGAUGAGCAAUUCUUCUCGCCCCAAGAUCGCACAAAGCCCAACAUCCAAUUCCUGAAGCAGCACUUCUACCGUGAAGGUCGCUUGACCGAGCAACAGGCGCUAUGGAUCAUAAAGAAGGGUACCGAGAUUCUCAAGUCGGAGCCCAACAUGCUUGAGAUGGAUGCACCCAUUACUGUGUGCGGUGACGUUCAUGGACAAUACUACGAUCUCAUGAAGCUGUUCGAAGUCGGUGGCGACCCAGCGGAGACGCGCUACCUCUUCUUGGGCGACUACGUCGAUCGCGGCUACUUCAGUAUAGAGUGCGUUCUGUACCUCUGGUCUCUCAAGAUCUGGUACCCCAACACGCUCUGGCUACUUCGCGGAAACCACGAGUGCCGCCAUUUGACCGACUACUUCACCUUCAAGCUCGAGUGCAAGCACAAGUACUCCGAGGCCGUGUACGAAGCAUGCAUGGAUUCCUUCUGCGCAUUACCGCUAGCCGCUGUCAUGAACAAGCAGUUCUUGUGCAUACACGGUGGACUGAGCCCUGAGCUACACACUCUGGAUGACUUGAAGAGCAUUGACCGCUUCCGCGAGCCACCUACCCACGGCCUCAUGUGCGACAUUCUCUGGGCUGAUCCUCUCGAGGAGUUUGGUCAGGAAAAGACCAACGAUUUCUUCGUCCACAACCACGUUCGUGGAUGCUCAUACUUCUUCUCAUACCCGGCUGCCUGCGCUUUCCUCGAGAAGAACAAUCUCUUGUCAAUUAUUCGCGCGCACGAGGCUCAAGAUGCUGGAUACCGAAUGUACAGGAAAACACGGACAACUGGUUUCCCUAGUGUCAUGACAAUCUUCAGUGCGCCGAACUACCUCGACGUGUACAACAACAAGGCUGCGGUUCUCAAGUACGAGAACAACGUCAUGAACAUCCGACAGUUCAACUGUACACCUCACCCUUACUGGCUGCCCAACUUUAUGGACGUCUUCACAUGGUCAUUGCCCUUCGUUGGUGAGAAGAUUACCGACAUGCUCAUCGCCAUUUUGAACACCUGCUCCAAGGAGGAACUCGAGGAAGAGACACCCAGCUCUCUGGCGUCAGGACCAUCAUCGCCUCCUCUUUCCAGCCUCGAUCCCGAAUCCACCGAAUUCAAGCGACGUGCGAUCAAAAACAAGAUUCUGGCCAUUGGCCGACUUUCCCGCGUGUUCCAAGUGCUGCGUGAGGAGUCUGAGCGCGUUACUGAGCUGAAGACAGCAUCGGGUGGUCGACUCCCCGCGGGCACUCUCAUGCUUGGUGCAGAAGGUAUCAAGCAGGCCAUUCACAGCUUCGAGGACGCUCGCAAGGUUGAUCUACAGAACGAGAGGCUCCCGCCGAGCCACGAAGAGGUACGAAAGUCUCAGGAGGUUAGCCGAGAGCAGGCUCUCGAAAAGGCUACCAAGGAGGCCGAUAACGACCAAGGGCUCGCCACCGUCGCAAGGCGUAUUAGCAUGUCAUCUGGAUCGGGACGCAACCGGAGAAGCUAG